AUGGCUUUGUUUCUUGGAAACACAGAAGUUGACCAACCGAAAGGCACAGAGAUUGUUAAGGAAGCAGUUAGAAAGUUAAAGUUUCAAAGGCAUAUCAAGAAGUCAGAGGGACAGAAGACACAAAAAGUGGAAUUACAAAUCUCCAUUUACGGAGUAAAGAUCUUAGAUCCCAAGACAAAGGAUGUCCAGUACAACUGCCAGUUGCAUAGGAUAUCCUUCUGUGCAGAUGACAAGACUGAUAAAAGGAUAUUCACCUUCAUCUGCACAGAGCCAGAGACCAAAAAACACAUCUGUUAUGUGUUCGACAGUGAAAAAUGUGCAGAGGAGGUAACACUCACUAUUGGCCAGGCGUUCGACUUGGCCUACAAGAAGUUCCUCGAGUCUGGUGGGAAAGAUGUGGAGACACGGAAACAGAUAGGAACCUUACAGAAAAGAAUUCAAGAACUGGAAACGGAAAAUUCUGGGCUAAAGAAGCAGCUUUGGGAACUGGAGGAGCAAUUGAUGAUUGCUCCUGUACCACCACAGCUGCACAUAAACUCUACUAACGAGGCCUACAUGCUCUCAAGACCCUCCUCGCUCUUCUGGUGUCACAAUCUGACGUCCUUCUCGUGUCUCGAGAUCUCCUCGGUCACACUCACCCCUAUGAGCUCGCCCGAGUCCAACCUCUCGGCAGGCCUACUAACCCCUCCUCCGGCUAAGCCUGCUCUCCUCCCAAAGCCUGCCGACGGGUGCAGCAUCCCGCGGCCUCGCGCUGGCAGCAUCUCCUUGAAACCCCCGAUGUCCACAGACGUUUUUGACAUGGUUCCCUUCUCUGCUGUCACACCCCUGGUGCCAAUUCCCGCAAGCAACGGCACACCCCCUCCCCCCACUACAACAUCUCCUCCAGACAUGAGUAAAGACCUUUUUGGAGCGGAACCUUUCGAUCCGUUCACCUGUGGGCAAGCCGACUUCCCCCCGGAUAUCCAGUCCAGGCUGGACGAGAUGCAGGAGGGGUUCAAAAUGGGACUAACCCUAGAGGCCACUGUCUUUUCUCUUGAGCCACUAGGCGGUCGCUGCUGAUGCAAAGAAGACAUGUUUGUGUUACAUACUGUAAACUCAUUUGUAUUAAAAAAGUGCCAGAAUUGGGUCUACAGUCAAGAUGUCAAUGUUCUUCUAGUCCUUGAGGUUUAUAUGUAUUUGCAUUUGAAUUUGGUUUUAGAAUAUGCAAAAGGUAAUAUUCAAAUCUGAUAUAGAAAGCACUAUUUUUCUAAGAACUGAUAUGGGAAGGAAUAUUUUUGAGACCCCUUGCUUUGAAAGGCAAUGAAGGAUGUAAAUAGUAUGUCCAAUGGUAUACUCUGUGGCAGAGUUUUCAUAUACAAGUACGUCUUAUGUUGUAGAAUCUGCUUCAUUGAAUAUACACCACUUAGGUCAACGCUGUUAUUUGUCUGUCAGACGUAAUGACUUGCUCACCAUCAACUCACAAGACACGGAAAUGUAGCUAGUCUUGUAUUACCACUCAUGUACCUAACUCUCAGCUUGCCCUUAAUUUGACAAUUUGAACAUUUCCUCUGUUAUUUUUACUCAUUUUUAGUGUAAUUAGUUCUGCUUGUUUUGACCUGACAUUUUAACUGAUUUAGUUUUAUUGUCUUAUUAAACAUUUUAACAGGUGCAUUUUACAUAUCGGUAUGUAUUGCUAGCUAUUUACUUUCUUAUGAUAUAUGUCAGUGUCCUCUUGCACCGGAAAGCACUUUUGAAAACCUCUGUCAGGACUUGUUCUUUUACUUUGCUGUUACAGUUAUUAAAGAAAACAUUACUGCA